AUGGUAGUGUUUUUUGGACUAUUGUUGGUAUUAGGUUCGAGUUUUGCGUCACGGCUCAUAACUUCAGAUGACCUUCAAGUAUUGUUUACUAAGGUUUUAAAAAAUGAAACUGCAGACAGCGAUUUGAAAAGUAUUCAAGAUGUCUUUGAAAUCUACAGACCAGCUUCAAGUUCCCUAAAUAUGCAAUUUGAAAGAAACAGUAGAAUGGACGUUACUUGUUUAAUAUGUACCAGCGCUUUCGCUGCCCUACAUGAUCUAGUACUCGAAGGGCAUACUGAUGAAAUGCUUUCAGAGGCUGUCAUUACUAUAUGCACAUCCCUGCAAAUCGUCAGCGACAGAAUUUGCCAAGGAAUCGUUCCAUUGAAUAUACCAAUAAUAACAUAUAUAGUAAAGACAACGCCAGAAGCCUCGCCGAGAACAUUCUGUAGCCUCCUUCUACAAAAUGCUGGCAAUCCAAAUACCUGCCCCCACAACGAUCCUCGAUUUGAAUGGACGAUAGACUUGCCUGCAGAAAAUCCAAUAGAAAAUGAUCAAGUACGUAUCAACGUAUCAAACAAUAAACCAUUAAAAGCAGUUCUCGUUGCGGAUGCUCAUAUCGACCCUUUGUAUGAACCCAAUGGCGUUGCUGAUUGUAAUGAGCUAACUUGCUGCAGAAAAGGACAAACUCCAAGAACUGACGUUUACAAAACCUACAUACUGGAUUCAGUAUUUAAAAAUCGUAUAUUUGAAAUGAAUGGCGAUUUUAUAAUGGACCUAACUCUCGCUGACGAUAUUAGAAAUUUAGCGAAUUUGAGAAGAAAUUUUAGAAACUCACCAGGAGCUGGUUAUUGGGGAGAUUAUAGGCGCUGCGAUUCGCCUCCUUGGGCAUAUGACGAUGUCAUUGAAACUAUUGCAAAACAUAGGGACAUAGAUGUAGUUUAUUACUUGGGAGACAGUAUCGACCACCACGUGUGGGAAACAACUUAUGAACUAAUCGAUAGCGUUAAUUUGUACACUGUCGAUAAGAUUAAGAAAGAAUUUGGUGAAAAUGUCAUAGUUGUACCGUGUAUUGGAAACCAUGAAUCUCAACCUACGAACCAAUAUGCUCCAAGUACAGUCAAAGGCACAAAAUUAAACACAACUUGGUUAUACGAUUCCUUAGCUAGGAAAUGGGAUUUCUAUUUAAGUGAGGACGCAAAGGCUACUAUAAAAAAAUACGGGAGCUUCACUACGUUGAUCCGCCCGGGAUUGCGUGCAAUUUCUGUUAAUAAUAAUUAUGCUUAUAGAUAUAACUGGUGGUUAGUCUACGACCCAUUAGAAUCUAAAAGGCUAAUGGAAUGGUUGGUUCAAGAAUUAUACAAAGCUGAACAAGCUGGGGAAAAGGUCCAUAUACUCGCUCACAUUCCGCCUGGAGUUCACGACCUCAUUUACUCAUGGACGAGAGAGUACAAUCGAGUCGUCAAUCGUUUCUCGAAAACGAUUGCGGCCGAGUUCAACGGACACACGCACUCCGAUGAAUUUAGGAUCUUCUAUAACGCGGCGGGUGAGCCCUCCGCCGUGUCGUGGGGCGCCGGCAGCGCCACCGCCUACUCCAACUACAACAGCAACUACAAAAUUGCGACCAUCGACCCUGUCACCUACAAACCGAUUAACAUUGUGAACUACAUGUACAAUCUCACCGAAGCGAACCUCACACCGAACAGAAGACCACAUUGGUUUCAACUCUACGACAUGAAAAACAGCUUCCAACUACAAGACCUCUCCGCUACCUCAAUGGAUAACUUAGUUUAUUCAAUGGUGACAGAUAACUUACUCUUAUUAGAUUUAUACGCAGCAUUUUACUCAAAACUAAGCGACGGAAGAUGGCCGUAUUGCAAUAACGAUUGUAAAAUUGAUAAUCUCUGUAAAACAGUCGUUACAGUUUUAUGGCACCGAGAAAAGUGUGAAGAACUGCGUAACUUGUUCUUUACAACGCUUAGUAAUUUAAAAUAAUUCUUAUUUUAAUAACUUUAUUGAUAUGUAAUUUAUAUUUUAAGCUCACGUAUUUAUCAAUUGAAACACUUGUAAUAAAUAUAUACAACUGUA